AACUCUAUCUUUUAUUACUAGGAUUAUUACGAAAUAAUUUUCGGUUGUUUAUUAUGGCAUCGCAUUUUUUUCUUAUUUCGUUUUAACACUUACUUCGAAGUUACCGUAUUUUGUUAAUGGAUGAGAUUAUCCAUCGAAUCUUUAUGGAUAAGCGUAAUCUGUUACUUGGUAGUUUGGUGUAUCUUACUUGUUGCAACUGUGUUGUAACCUUUCCACGUGCACAUUUUAAUAUCAUUCUGUUCCUGUUUUCGCGCUAAUCCUCUGCAAACAAAUUGUUGACGCAAUGGCAGAUACGUUGCACAAAGAUGGAUAUGAAAUAUCAAAUUUGGCAAUGCGAGGAAGAGGUGGUAAUAUUGGAGCAGAUAGCGAUAUGAAGCUAGAACCAUCUAGUCCUACAGAAAAAUAUACAUUUUCACGCUGUAGUAGUACUGGAUCAGUGAACACACCAUCUUCAUCUGCUCAUAAUACGGAGGAUGAAGAUAGUGAUAAUAAAAAUUCAACUAUAAGUUACAAAGAACGUAGGAGAGAGGCGCAUACUCAAGCAGAGCAGAAAAGAAGAGAUGCUAUUAAGAAGGGAUACGAUUCUCUUCAAGAUCUAGUACCCACGUGCCAACACACAGAUUCGUCUGGUUAUAAACUUUCCAAGGCUACUGUACUUCAAAAAUCCAUUGAUUAUAUACAAUUUUUGUUGCAACAAAAGAAGAAACAAGAAGAGGAACGUAACGCACUGAGAAAAGAAGUUGUUGCCUUACGUAUCAUGCAAGCUAAUUAUGAACAAAUUGUUAAAGCGCACCAAACUCAGUCUGGACAUGCAGAAAUGCGCGUGUCUGACGAAACCAAAUUUCAAGUGUUCCAGGCAAUUAUGGAUCGUUUGUUUCAAACGUUUAAUAACAUCUCGGUAGCAAAUUUUGCAGAAUUAUCUGGAUGUGUGUUCAGCUGGUUAGAAGAACACUGUAAACCUCAGACCUUACGCGAAGUGGUACUGUCGGUACUUCAACAGCUCAACAGCCAGAUCAGCUAGUCGAACAUGUUAUGAGAUGAUUCGUGAUUGCACAAUAUAAUGUCUACAAAAACUUUUCGCGGGUACUUAGACCAAUCAUCAAGUAGAGUUACCAGAAAGGAUGGAAAUGUGUGUCAUAUGCAGUGCGGGUAGCAUAAUGAUUGUACGAGAAAUAUAAAUACAAAUUUAUUUUAUAUACUAAUGUAGAUGUAGAUGUAGCCAUGUAACGUGGCCAGCCGUUUAUUGGCAACCAGAUGAUGUUAAAUAUUUUUAUCAGAGAUUUUUUUAUUACAUAAAAUUCGCUGCAUAUAUAUAUAUAUAUGAUACAUAACGUAUGUAUAUAUGUAUGAAUGUAUUUGAAUAUGUACAUAAUGCAUUGAUUUGCAACAUAGAAACUUGAAAUAAAAGUCCAAUUAUUUCUGUU